UUAAUGAUUGCAAUUUCUGCUAUUCUGUAUAGGUUAUAGGUACUGGCGUACUGAAGGAUUUAUUUGUUUGAUGCUGUCGUUGGCUAUUAGUUCUUGUCGUGCUUGGUAUUUUCUAUAUUUACUUUAAAAUGGAUCUACCAUCCUCUGGCCUGGAAGAACUUGUUGAUAAUGAAGAUUUCUACAGUUUAUUAAAUGCUUCACGUCAGGCAUCGCAAGAAGAUUUGAAAUCUUCAUACAGAAGAUUAUGCAUGGUUUAUCACCCUGAUAAACAAUCGAAUAACAGAGAAGCCUCCGAUAUUUUUAUUCGAAUACAAGAAGCGUUUAAUGUUCUCAGCGACCCAACCAGGAGACACAUAUAUGAUGUCUAUGGUAAAAGUGGACUUGACGCUGAUUGGCAGCUCAUGGAACGACGUAAAUCGCCCCAAGAAAUGCAGGAAGAAUAUGAAAGAAUACAAAGGAUUCGUGCACAGCAGAGGUUAGAAGAAAGAACGCAUCCAGAGGGUUCAUUCAGCAUGUCUAUAAAUGCUUCUUCUUUAUUUGAUGACAACCAAUUUGACCAAGAUGAAUAUUAUGAUGACCAAAUCACAUUACCCGACAUUACCUCUAUGAGCAUCACACAGUCUAUACAGGCUCCUUUAAGCCUUAGUCACACUGCCACGUUAACUGGGAACUUACAGUCAACAAACGGAAAUGGUCACGGAAAUUUAAAUGUUUCACUUCGUAAAACUAUGUCUUCGAAAAUGUGGGGUGAGUUCAUAGUUGGUGCAAAUGAUUCAAACAGUUUUAACCUUGCGCUGAAAGGAUAUCGUUCUAUGGGUGGAGGAGUUUUUGCAAUGGUGCACCUACCUGCUGAGAUGAUGGUGGACGAUGGGGUGCUUGCUGUCAGUUUACCUGGUGCUAACUUUACAUUAGGUAGAGUAUUAGGGGAAAAUUUAUAUGGAUCCCUCAACCUGGCUACUGGCAGUAAUUCUCACUUCUCCACUACUGUUGUGCACGAAACUAUGGCAAUGCGUUUCUCUGCAAAGCUUCAGCUUGGAAUACCCCACAGUUUUGGAAUGAUUAGCGCUAAAUAUAAGAUGCCAGACAGAACAUCAAGUGUUAAAGUUGCCUUGGAAGCUGGCACGUUUGGUGCAAUUGUUGAAUAUGGGGCAGAACAUCAAAUGUCACACAACUCUAUUGUAUCAGCUCAUGUUCGCAUUGGAGUGCCUAUAGGUGUGACUCUAAAACUCAGGUUGAAUCGUUUUACCCAGACCUACCUCAUCCCUAUCACAUUAUCUGAGGAGGUAAACCCAGUGGCUGCGUUCUAUGGAACAGUGGCUCCUCUGCUUAUAUAUGCUGGUGUGCACUUUCUUAUUAUAAGACCUUACCGAAGAAAAGAAAAAGAAAGACUCUCAGAAGAGAAUGAAGAAUCUUUAGUUAACGAAACUAAAAAGAAAAAAGAAGAAGCUGAAUCUACGAUACAAAUGAUGAAGGAAUCAACAGAGAGGAAGAUUGAUGCGGAGGAAAGGAGGAUGGGACUUGUCAUCACUGAAGCGUGGUACGGAAGAUUUGUCUCCGAAGACAGCUCUAAAGUACCCAAGUUAAUAGACGUUGCCAUUCCCUUACAAAACCUGGUGGAAAACUCUAAAUUACAACUUCCAGCAGACAUCACUAAAAGUGGAUUGCCAGGUUUUUAUGAUCCUUGUCCGGGAAGUGACAAGAAAUUAAAGAUAAGUUACAAGUUUCGAGGUGGUUUACAUAGUGUGGUAUUUGAUGAUAAAGAAGCAGUAAGAAUACCUUUAAGAAGUCACUCAGUGACAAAUGAGACAUCAGAUUGACCCACAGUAACCCCGACACGCUUCACUGCCUAAUAUACGAGCGCAGUUGCCGAGUGUUAAGCACAACGGGCAGUGACGAGGCAACAACAUGGCUCAUAAUCAACAAAAACUUUUAUGCAAUUUUUUGUUAUUUGACAAAACCCUAAAUUUACGUUUAAUGGUUGAGAAAAUGUCGUUUGCCAGCAUGAAAAGUUUUAUUUCGUCGUUCCUAAUAUACUGCCUAAAUGAGUAUCAGUUGCUGCAGUGUGUUACAAGCAUAUACGUGUAUGUAGUAAAGUGAAUUCUCUGCAUAAGCGGAAAACUAUAAUUCGCAAUCGGUGCUGGCCUCGUACCCUCCAAAUACUACAUGCAGCUUGCUGAGUAUUGUCCCUGUUUUACACUGUGUUAAAUAAAUUCCCAAUCGCAGU